UGCGACUCACGCAAGCGCAGUAAGGUCCCGCGGGCGACGCGGCGGCGGCUCCUCAGGGUGCUCGGCUCCCUCCCAUCUAGGCCGGCCCCUGCCCGUCCCUCCCCCAGGAACUCACUGUUUUGGGCCGCGGACUUCCUCAUCGUGCCCUACGAAAGUAAAUCUGGGGGCCUGGGGGGAGCCGGAAGUACCGCCUCGAGCUCUCCAAAUACGAUCGGGGAAACGGAAGUGGCUUUCGGUGGCAGGUUGGGGGAGACCGGAAGUGACGGGAGCUGUUGGCCAUGGAGCCCAGUGAUAGGCCCGGCGCCGCUAUGGAGGAGCCUGACAGCCUGGAGGUGCUGGUGAAGACCCUGGACUCCCAAACUCGGACCUUUAUCGUAGGGGCCCAGAUGAAUGUAAAGGAGUUUAAGGAGCACAUUGCUGCCUCUGUCAGCAUUCCCUCUGAGAAACAACGGCUCAUCUACCAGGGGCGAGUUCUGCAGGAUGAUAAGAAGCUCCAGGAAUACAAUGUUGGGGGAAAGGUUAUCCACCUUGUGGAACGGGCUCCUCCUCAGACUCAGCUCCCUUCUGGAGCAUCUUCUGGGACAGGAUCUACCUCAGCCACCCAUGGUGGGGGACCCCUGCCUGGUACUCGGGGGCCAGGGGCCUCUGUUCAUGACCGGAAUGCCAACAGCUAUGUCAUGGUUGGAACCUUCAAUCUUCCUAGUGACGGCUCUGCUGUGGACGUUCACAUCAACAUGGAACAGGCCCCCAUUCAGAGUGAGCCUCGGGUUCGGCUGGUGAUGGCCCAGCACAUGAUCAGGGAUAUACAGACCUUACUGUCCCGCAUGGAGUGUCGAGGGGCGCCGCAAGCACAGCCCAGUCAGCCACCCCCUCAGACGCCAACUGUGGCCCCAGAGCCAGUAGCCUUGAGCUCGCAACCCUCAGAAGCAGCCGGAAGUGAAGCACCGCCUCGGGAGCCCAUGGAGGCUGACGCGGAGGAGCGCGCUGCAGCCCAGAGUCCAGAGCUCGCUCCCUCUGGGCCAGCCCCAGCAGGGCCAGCGCCUGCUCCGGAGACAAACGCGCCCAACCAUCCGUCCCCUGCGGAAUAUGUCGAGGUGCUGCAGGAACUGCACCGGCUGGAGAGCCGCCUCCAGCCCUUCCUGCAGCGCUACUAUGAGGUCCUGGGCGCUGCCGCCACCACAGACUACAACAACAACCAUGAAGGCCGUGAGGAGGACCAGAGGUUGAUCAACUUGGUGGGAGAGAGCCUGCGGCUGCUGGGCAACACCUUCGUGGCGCUGUCAGACCUGCGCUGCAACCUAGCCUGCGCUCCCCCGCGCCACCUGCAUGUGGUCCGGCCCAUGUCUCACUACACCACCCCCAUGGUGCUCCAGCAGGCAGCCAUUCCUAUUCAGGUGAUCAAUGUGGGGACUACCGUGACCAUGACAGGAAAUGGGACUCGGCCCCCCCCAACUCCCAGUUCAGAGGCAUCUCCCCCUGGGCCUGGCCAGGCCUCAUCCCUGGCUCCGUCUUCUGCCACGGUUGAGUCGUCAUCUGAGGGGGGCGCUCCCCCAGGGCCGGCUCCCCCACCAGCCACCGGCCACCCGAGGGUCAUCCGGAUUUCCCACCAGAGCGUGGAGCCCGUGGUCAUGAUGCACAUGAACAUUCAAGAUUCUGCCACACAGCCUGGUGGUGUCCCGAGUGCUCCCACUGGCCCCCUAGGACCCCCUGGUCAUGGCCAGACCCUGGGCUCCACCCUCAUCCAGCUGCCCUCCCUGCCCCCUGAGUUCAUGCACGCCGUCGCCCACCAGAUCACUCAUCAGGCCAUGGUGGCAGCUGUUGCCUCCGCGGCCGCAGGACAGCAGGUGCCAGGCUUCCCAACAGCUCCAACACGGGUGGUGAUUGCCCGGCCAACCCCGCCUCAGGCUCGACCUUCCCAUCCUGGGGGGCCCGCGGUCUCGGGGGCUCUGCAGGGCGCCGGGCUGGGCUCUAACGCCUCGCUGGCCCAGAUGGUGAGCGGCCUUGUAGGGCAGCUUCUUAUGCAGCCGGUCCUUGUUGCUCAGGGGACCCCAGGAAUGGCUCCACCCCCAGCACCUGCCACUGCUUCGGCCAGUGCAGGCACCACCAACACGGCCACCACAGCCGGCCCCGCUCCUGGGGGGCCUGCCCAGCCUCCACCCCCUCAGCCCUCCACCACCGAUCUCCAGUUCUCUCAGCUCCUGGGGAACUUGCUGGGGCCUGCAGGCUCCGGGGCUGGCGGGCCCGGCGGGCCUGGCGUGGCUUCCCCCACCAUUACCGUGGCGAUGCCUGGAGUCCCGGCCUUUCUUCAGGGCAUGACUGAUUUUCUGCAGGCAACACAGACGGCCCCUCCGCCUCCUCCGCCCCCUCCGCCGCCGCCCCCUGCCCCGGAGCAGCAGAGCGCCCCACCCCCAGGGUCCCCUUCCGGAGGCACGGGGAGUCCCGGAGGCCUGGGUCCAGAGAGCCUGCCGCCGGAGUUCUUUACCUCAGUGGUGCAGGGCGUCCUGAGCUCCCUCCUGGGCUCCUUGGGGGCACGCGCUGGCAGCAGUGAGAGCAUCGCCGCCUUCAUCCAGCGCCUCAGUGGCUCCAGCAACAUAUUCGAGCCUGGAGCUGACGGGGCCCUCGGGUUCUUUGGGGCCCUGCUCUCUCUCCUGUGCCAGAACUUCUCCAUGGUGGACGUGGUGAUGCUGCUCCAUGGGCAUUUCCAGCCACUGCAGCGGCUCCAGCCCCAGCUUCGGUCCUUCUUCCACCAGCACUACCUGGGUGGCCAGGAGCCCACCCCUGGUAACAUCCGGAUGGCGACGCACACUCUGAUUGCCGGGCUGGAGGAGUAUGUGCGGGAGAGCUUCUCUUUGGUACAGGUUCAGCCAGGUGUGGACAUCAUCCGGACAAACCUAGAAUUCCUCCAGGAACAGUUCAAUAGCAUUGCUGCCCACGUGCUGCACUGCACAGACAGUGGAUUUGGAGCCCGCUUGCUGGAGUUGUGUAACCAGGGCCUGUUUGAAUGCCUGGCCCUGAACCUGCACUGCUUGGGGGGACAGCAGAUGGAGCUCGCUGCCGUCAUCAAUGGCCGAAUCCGCCGUAUGUCUCGUGGCGUGAACCCAUCCUUGGUGAGCUGGCUGACCACGAUGAUGGGACUGAGGCUGCAAGUGGUCCUGGAGCACAUGCCUGUGGGCCCCGACGCCAUCCUCAGAUACAUUCGCAGGGUUGGUGACCCGCCCCAGCCACUUUCUGAGGAGCCAAUGGAAGUGCAGGGAGCAGAACGAGCUUCCCCCGAGCCACAGCGGGAGAACGCGUCCCCAGCCCCCGGAACAACAGCAGAGGAGGCCAUGUCCAGAGGGCCACCCCCUGCUCCUGAGGGGGGCCCCCAAGAUGACCAGGAUGGCGCUUCCGCCGAGACAGAGCCUUGGGCAGCUGCGGUUCCCCCGGAAUGGGUCCCUAUUAUCCAGCAGGACAUUCAAAGCCAGCGGAAGGUGAAACCACAGCCGCCUCUGAGUGAUGCCUACCUCAGUGGUAUGCCUGCCAAGAGACGCAAGACGAUGCAGGGUGAGGGCCCCCAGCUGCUUCUCUCAGAGGCCGUGAGCCGGGCAGCUAAGGCAGCCGGAGCUCGGCCCCUGACGAGCCCCGAGAGCCUGAGCCGGGACCUGGAGGCACCAGAGGUUCAGGAGAGCUACAGGCAGCAGCUCCGGUCCGACAUACAAAAACGGCUGCAGGAAGACCCCAACUACAGCCCCCAGCGCUUCCCCAACGCCCACCGGGCCUUCGCUGAGGAUCCCUAGCUCUCUGCUCCGUGGCCCUGGCCCUUCCUCACCGGGGGGACCACUUCCCCCUCCUCCACAGUAUUUAAGAAAUAAAAGUCGGACUUUUCUGGCUCAUUUCGUCUCUAA